AUGACAAACGGGUUUGUGUUAUAUAAGGUUGAGAUCCCCACUCUUCCCCUAGAGGUUGAGACCCCUACACUUCCCCUAGAGGUUGAGACCCCUACACAUCCCCUAGAGGUUGAGACCCCUACACUUCCCCUAGAGGUUGAGACCCCUACACUUUCCCUAGAGGUUGAGACACCUACACUUCCCCUAGAGGUUGAGACCCCUACACAUCCCCUAGAGGUUGAGACCCCUACACUUCCCCUCGAGGUUGAGACCCCUACAUUUCCCUUAGAGGUUGAGACCCCUACACUUUCCCUAGAGGUUGAGACCCCUACACAUCCCCUAGAGGUUGAGACACCUACACUUCCCCUAGAGGUUGAGAAUUCCACUAUGCUCCUAGUGGUUGAGAUCCCUACACAUCCCCUAGAGGUUGAGACACCUACACUUCUCCUAGAGGUUGAGACCCCUACACAUCCCCUAGAGGUUGAGACACCUACACUUCCCCUAGUGGUUGAGACCCCUUCACUUCCCCUAGAGGUUGAGACACCUACACUUCCCCGAGAGGUUGAGAAUUCCACUAUGCUCCUAGUGGUUGAGAUCCCCACUCUGCCCCUAGUGGUUGAGACCCCUACACUUCCCCUAGAGGUUGAGACACCUACACUUCCCCGAGAGGUUGAGAAUUCCACAAUGCUCCUAGUGGUUGAGAUCCCCACUCUGCCCCUAGUGGUUGAGACCCCUACACUUCCCCUAGAGGUUGAAAAUUCCACAAUGAUCCUAGAGGUUGAGAUCCCCACUCUGCCCCUAGUGGUUGAGACCCCUACACUUCCCCUAGUGGUUGAGACCCCUACCCUUCCCCGAGAGGCUGAGAUCAUCAGUUUCCGUCUAGGGCUUGAGAUUCCCGUACCUCAACGGAAUGAAAUAUUCUAG